AAAAGGCCUUGGGAAAACAACUGGAAAGAAGUUAUGUUACAAAGGGUCUACAUUCCAUCGUGUGGUUAAAAACUUUAUGAUUCAGGGUGGGGACUUCAGUGAAGGUAAUGGAAAAGGAGGAGAGUCAAUUUAUGGUGGCUAUUUUAAAGGUAAGGCCUAAUAUUUUAUGGUUUUUGUUUUAAUUAUGGGAUAAAGCAAGUUUGAUUCCUAGACUUUAAAUGAGAAGUUUAAUAGUUCAUCUUUUGCAUGAAACUAACUUUGCAUGAAAAUACUUUUAUCUGCAUGAAUUUUGGGGUAAACUUACUGUAAUAUUUAACUUUUAAUUGACAAGAUUAAUUAAGGCUAACUUUAUUGGUUAAACAUGACUUUCAGCAUGGAGGUUAGGCAACUUUAUUCAUGAAAACUCCUAUCUUCCUGCCUAAAACUGUCAACAUAUUCUUUUGUUUAUAGAGAAUGUGGUCUUUUGCAAAAUGAAAAGAUGAAAACUUUGUUCUCAAACAUGACAGAGCGUUCCUUUUGUCAAUGGCAAAUCGAGGGAAACAUACCAAUGGUUCCCAGUUUUUCAUAACCACAAAGCCUGCACCACACUUGGAUGGUGUACAUGUUGUCUUUGGAUUGGUUAUUUCUGGUUUUGAAGUAAUCGAACAAAUUGAAAAUCUGAAAACUGAUGCAGCAAGCCGGCCUUAUGCAGAUGUUCGAGUUAUUGAUUGUGGAGUACUUGUUACAAAAUCAGCAAAAGAUGCUUUGGAGAAAAAACGGAAGCUGUCAACUCAUUCAGAAGACUCAGAUUCUUCCUCCAAUUCCUCCUCCUCUUCAGAAUCAUCUUCUGACAGUGAAGCUGAAAAUGAGAGAAACAGAAGAAGAAAACACAAGAGGAGAAUUAAAGUAAAACGUUCUAAAAAGAGACGAAAGGAGGAGAAUAAUAAACAAGAAGAACAGAGACUUAAACAGUCAUCAAACCAGAGAGGUCACUCUGAGAGGAGUGAUACAAGUGAAAAAAGAUUAGUGGAUUUAAAUACCAAAAGGGAAAAGCCAGUAGUUCGUCCAGAAGAGAUCCCUCCAGUACCUGAAAAUCGAUUCUUAUUAAGAAGAGAUAUGCCAGUUGUCACUGUGGAACCUGAACCGAAACUUCCUGAUGUUGCACCCAUUCUAAGCGAUCAGAAGCCAUCUGUAUCAAAGUCAGGACGGAAAAUUAAAGGACGAGGCACAAUACGGUAUCAUACACCACCUCGAUCAAGGUCUUGCUCUGAAUCAGAUGAUGAUGAAAGCAGUGAAACACCUCCUCACUGGAAGGAAGAAAUGCAGAGGUUAAGAGCAUACAGACCACCCAGUGGAGAAAAAUGGAGCAAAGGAGAUAAAUUAAGUGAUCCAUGUUCAAGCCGGUGGGAUGAAAGAAGCUUGUCUCAAAGAUCAAGAUCAUGGUCAUAUAAUGGCUAUUAUUCUGAUCUUAGUACAGUAAGACAUUCUGACAGUCAUCACAAAAAACACAGAAAGGAGAAAAAAGUAAAACAUAAAAAGAAAGCUAAAAAGCAGAAACAUUGCAAGAGACACAAACCAACCAAGAAAAAGAAAAUUUCUCAACUUUCAAAUGUUGAAUCCUCUAGAUCUUCAGUACGGCAAAUGAAAUCUCCUUGUGAUCGAGAAAGGAGAUCUCGUUCAUCUUCAUCAUCUCAGCACUCAUCAAAGAGGGGCUGGUCUAAGUCUGACAAGGAUGACCAAAGCUCUUCCACUCAGUAUAGCAGAGAUUCUCAUUCAUACUACAGAUCAAAAUCCCAAUCCCGUUCAUACUCCAAAGGAAGCUCUAGGUCAAGGACAGCAUCAAAAUCUUCAUCACCUUCUCAAAGUAGGUCAAAGUCCAGAUCCAAUUCCAAGUCUAGGUGUCAGAGGACAGCAUCUAAAUCCCCAAGAAGUACAACUUCUCGAUUAAAUGAAAAUAAACCAAUCAAAACUGAACCUGUAAGAUCAGCAGUACCACCAAAUGAAAAGGUUGUUGUGCAGCCAAUAGUAACUGAAAGUAUUCCUGUAAUACCUUUAAGUGAUAGUCCUCCACCUUCACGAUGGAAACCUGGACAGAAGCCCUGGAAGCCCUCUUAUGAACGAAUUCAAGAAAUGAAAGCUAAAACAACUCAUUUACUUCCUCCUCCAAAUACAUACAAUUUAACAAAUGUAAAAGAGCCUAGUAUUUCAUCUUCUUAUCGUAAGCGGGAAAAGAGUUCAGAUAGUGAUUGGAGUGGUUAUUCAAAAUAUCAUAGUGACAGAAGUUCAGAGAGCUCACCAAGAUCAAGAAGUAGAUCUUCCAGAAGUAGGUCUUAUUCAAGAUCAUACACAAGAUCAAGGAGUCUAGCUAGCUCAAAUUCAAGGUCUCAGUCGCUAUCAACUCUGAGAUCCCAUUCACGAGGUAAGUACAGUGAUAGGUCCAGAUAUAGUAGGUCAUCUUCAUAUUCUGUUAGCAGUGAUGAUGGGAGACAAACUAAGAGAAAAUCUAGAGCCAAUGAGAAGAAUAUUAGUGAUUCAAAGAAAAGGCAAGUCUCUAGCUCUGAAAGAACACUUAAUAAGUAUUGCAAAGGUGGAGAUGAGUCCUUACGUAAGAGAAAAGAUAGUGAAAGCAAGUCAUCUUUAGACUAUUCUUCAGAUAGUGAACAAUCAUUUGUGAAAGUUACACAGCCAACCCUAGAAAGAGAUAAACAUGGCCAAGAGGAAGGCAUCAAUAAUAAGAAACAGGAAAAAAGUGCAUCUUGUAACAGAGAUGAAGAGAAAUCAAAGUGUGAAUGGGAUAGUGAUCAUUCUAAAAGGAAGCUUUUGAAUGAGAGUACCUCUGACCAUCUUCUCAAUGGAGAAAAAUCCAAAAGGAAGAAUUAUGCUGGCAGUAGAUGGGAUUCUGAGUCCAAUUCAGAACGAGAACUAAACAAAAGCAAGGAAGAUUCAAGGCCAGUUUCUGAUAAAGAGGAAGGAGAGGCUACAUCAGAAUCUGAUGUAGAGAUCAUUGAGACUGUUAUUAAGGCCAAACCUAUACCAAAACCUUCAGAAAACAUCGUUGGGUCUGAUAAUGAGAGUUCUUGGAAGCCAAGCAGGCAGCACCCAUCUUCUUCCAAUUCAGAGAGUUCCCAUUCUACUUCUGAAAACAAUCAAGGAAAGUCAAAGAAACACAAACAUAGAUCAGAGAAGAGUGUUAAAAAAGAACAUACUAAAAAGAUGAAAGAGAAAUCCAAGGGGAAAAAAGAGAAAAAACACAAGGUUCAGAAACGAAAGGAAACGUUUCAUUGGCAGCCUCCAUUAGAAUUUGGUGAAGAGGAAGAGGAAGAGAUUAAUGACAACCAAGUUACCAAAGAUAUAAAGAGUAAAAAACAAGAUUUUGAAAGCAGUGAAAUUAUUAAAGAUAAAACGACCAAAACUGAGAAACUCUGUGGUGAAAGCAGCCACGUGGGCAAACAUAAUACAAUUAAUACCUCAGCAGAUUCUAAUUCCACCUCUAAAGACAAUGGUAAACCCAGUACUUCCACUAGCAUUUUAAAUGCAGAAAAAAAUGUAUCUACUUCCCAAAAAAGUAAUCAGCAUGUUGAUGAAACCAUUCAGAGUGGAACAGAAGACAUGGUACAGACAGAUGAUAAUAUGGAGAUUUGUACUCCAGAACGCAGCUCACCUGUAAAGUUAGAUAUUUCCCCUCCAAGCAAUCUGAGUUUUGGUACUCCAGAUAUAAACAUUGUCCUAAACCAAGAUUUGGUGAAUGAAAAUCUAGAAACUGUGGUUAUUAAUCAAGAAAGCAAUGUGACUGAGAGUAAAACAGUGGUUGAAGUAGGAAAGCAGGAUGGCAAUACUCUGGGAUUUUCUGGUACUGUUGAAAAUGCUGUCAGGUCAGACAUGACUGAAAGGAGCCAGAGCAACAUAGUUGAUAAUAAAUGGAAACCUUUACAAGGAGUGGGUAAUCUGUCAGCAACUACAACUUCCACUGCUAUGGAAAUUAAGACUUUACCUUCUGUACCUGACACAAAACCACAAGGCCUGCGAAUAGAAAUCAAAAGCAAAAACAAAGUCCGACCUGGCUCUCUCUUUGAUGAAGUAAGAAAAACUGCACGAUUAAACAGGAGACCAAGAAAUCAAGAGAGCUCCAGUGAUGAGCAGACUCCAAGUAGAGAUGAAAAUAGCCAAUCCAGGAGCCCAAGUAGAUCCCGAAGUAAAUCUGAAACCAAAUCAAGACACAGAACAAGGUCUGUCUCCUAUAGUCACUCAAGAAGUCGAUCUCGAAGUUCUACUUAUUCUUAUCGUUCAAGAAGUUAUUCUAGAAGUCGAAGCAGAGGCUGGUACAGUAGAGAUCGAUCACGAAGUCGCAGUAGUUCUUACCACAGUUAUAAAAGCCACAGUAGGACAUACAGCAGAAGUCGAUCUAGGAGCAGCUCUUAUGAUCAUCACAGUCGAUCCAGGUCCUACACUUAUGACAGUUAUUACAGCAGAAGUCGCAGUCGAAGUAGGAGUAAAAGGAGUGACAGUUACCGACGAUCUCGGAGUUAUAAUAGGCGGUCUAGGAGUUGUAGAUCUUAUGGCUCUGACAGUGAAAGUGACCGAAGUUAUUCUAAUCACCGAAGCCCCAGUGAAAGCAGCAGAUAUAGCUGAAAAGUUCUCUUGGUGGUGCUGAUUAUGUUUUUAUUUAAAAAGUAUCAAAUAUGUGAAAAAUGUAAUGGCAGUCAAUCCACUGUUCUAUUCUUCAGUAUCAAAUGGAAAUUGAGGGAGACCAGAUCCCACUUAAUCAGACUUGUUCUUUCACUGGUAAACUGAAGAUUUAAAAGUACACAGACCUGUCACCUCAGAGAUUUUAAUUUUUGCCACAUUUCACAGUAGCCAACUAUGGAAACCAAUUUUAUUUUCUCAAAUCAAGUUUUCCCAUCUACUGUAUUUUAUCUCUGUGUAAAUUUCAUGAUAACUUACAAACUAUUGUUCUCUGUCCCAAAGUAUUUAUCAUAGAACUUUAGGCUUUUUGGUCUUUUGUUCACAUUUUAGUUUCUCAGCUGUUUAGAAGAGUAGGACUGUGAAGGAGAACUGUCAAAGGCUGCCAUUUCUCUUUUAUUAAACUGCUUGAAGUUUUCAAACUGUUUAUACACCAAUUCAGUGGUGUCUUGUACAUACAUAUUCUUGGAAAUAAAACCACACAGAUUUGAUGCCAGUAGUAGCCAGGGAAUACAAAGUAAUGCCUCCAAGGUUCUUGAUUCAUUCCUCUCUUCUUUGCUGUCUCAAAAGUAUGAGAAAAGUGAUGAUCUUAAAACAUCAUGUUGUCAUAAUUACUGUGAACCAGGAGGUGAGUUUGAGAAUAGCAACUAGCCUUAACUGUAAAUAUAUCUGGAUGCAACAUCCCUGAGAACUUAAUGUUUUAUCUACUUUUAGAAAAAGACUAUUGUUAAAGAGUUUAACCUGUUAAGAAAAAAGUUGCAUUUCAGUCCAUGCUCUGGUGCUUGGGUGCCCCUUGGUGCCUCCUUAAAAUGUUGGCCUUAUACACUGCAUAUUCAAGUUGCAGUAAAGAGGGAGAUGAAAUGUCUUUGCAACACAGUGGUAUCCUAAAUGGUUCCUCCUGGGAUAUGUUUUCUUUAACAUUCUCCCAAGUUUUGCUGUGUUCCAUAUGCCCCUUGGCAAUGCCAUUGUGCAUGUCAGUCUGACUGCCUAGACCUACAGAAUAAAACUGGUAUACCCGCUGAAAGUGUUCACAGAAGUAGGGCUUUUCCAGACAGUGCUUUAAAAAAGGAAAUGCAUCACCAGAGUGAGUCAGCCAGUCUAGAAAUACAUCUCUGUACAGAACUUCUAUACCAAGGAAUGAAUUUCUAUGACUUCAAAAACAAAACCCUCUCAUUUAUGAGGUGGCAGUGAUAAGCAGUAUUGCAACAGUGUGGUUUUUUCAAGGCCAUCAUAACUUUGAAAACAGAAAAAGUUGAUGUUUUGAGGAAGCCCCUGAACAAUUUUUUCCUGUAAACAGUAAAAUUGGUGUAAUUAAUUUGGUCUUUGAUUAGAUUUUUUUCUGGUUGUACUUACUGCCAAUUCAAACAGGGCAUCUUUGGUACAUUUGGCAAUUUAACAAAAACUUAUUAAGUUAAGUUAGAAAAGUCAGAGGUUUUUGAAAACUAUUGGUUACCUAUUAUGGAAAAUUGUCUAAUUGAUUCCCAACCUAGUAGAUAAAAUUUUACUAGGAAAAAAAGAUUUAAUUCAGACAACCAUGAUCCUCUAGACAUUUCAUAUUAAGUGCAAAAUAAUGCUUGUGUCAUACCAAAAGUCUUCAGAAAGUUUACUGUGAAGGAGACAAAAUUUAAGUACAGCUCAGUGAAAUAAUACAUUUAGAACCUCAUAUAAAAACUGCCACAUCUAAUUAGGUAAAAAGUAAGUUACCCUUGGCCUGGGACUUCCCUGUAUCUCUCAGCUGGGAGUGGAUUUUUAUCCUGAACUGAAGCACUACUUGUUUUCCUGAAACCCUCAUAAGGGACAACUCUUAGCUGCAGCGUUCAGCUCACAUGUUUACUGGAAUGAAUGACAAGAAAUAGCUUUUCUUCUUAAAGGACUUGUUCUGUAUUUUGGAAUUAUUUUUGAAUAAAAUUCAAUUAUGUUGUGUGUUGUAACACUUACUAGAAAGUGCAUCAUCGGCUGUUUUUGUAAUGUCACCAUUACUAGAAAAAAUAUUUGGACACUGUUCAGAAAUGUAGACGAUACUUUUGUACAAAUUGACAAGAACUGAUUUGUAUACAUUUCAAUUAAAUUUCCCCUACUCCUUGAAAGGGGACCUUGUAGAAAUUAAAAAUAUACUUCACCUCA